UAUAGAUCCAGCGAUCGAUUAUUUAUACUCAUGCUACGCUAGACAUAUCGAUAACACUGCUGCUCUAAGUCAGCAACUCUGUUGUACAGCUGAGCAAAUUCGCAGGCAGCAUAAGCAAAAUGAUGUCACACAAAUGGAGUCGCCAGGAAACCAAAAUGUUAUUGGAAAUGAUCAUAGCACACAAUCCCACUAGUCUGGCGUUGAAAACGCGCUUGUGGCAUAAAGUUGUGAAGGAAAUGCAAUUGAUGGGCGCUACCAAUAUAAAUGUAAGGAAUGUGGAUCGUAAAUUUCGCAACAUGAUGCGCACCUAUCGCGAUAACAAACGACGCAUAGAACAUGCUGGAGUGCCCUACAGUAAUUGGGAAUUCUAUCCCAUGAUGCAAUUUAUAACAAAAGAUUGGCGCUUCUCAGCAGCAGAUGAGUCGAAUGAUAAGACGUAUGUGGAAGCUACAGAUGAGUCGAAUGAACAGACGUAUGUGGAAGCUACAGAUGAGUCGAAUGACGAAAGGUAUGUGGAAGCUACAGAUGAGUCGAAGGAAAAAACUGAGGUGGAAGUUGAAGUUGAGGAAUUCGAUGACAAACUGCUAUUGGAGGCUGAUGAAGAAGAAGAAGAAGAAGAUGACGAUGAUGUAGUUUGCAUCGAUGAUGAUAUUGAAAUCAAAAGUGAUAUUGAUUUGGAGCCUACACAAAUUAUGGAACAUGCCAACACAGCUGAUGAUGAAGCGCGCGAUGUUGAUAUUGACGCUGCCUAUGGCAAUAUGGAAGAGCUAGAGUUUCAGCGCGUUGAACAGCUGACGGCUAUACGCGCGUUAUUGGAACAAUCAGCUGUUUUACAGCAAGAACGCAACGAGCUGCUGCACAAAAGAAAUCAGUUAAUGGAGCAGUAUCUAAGUGCGAAGCGGCGUAGAAAUUAAUU